CUCAAACCCCUCCCCCUCUCCCCAUGCUAAUGUUCCCCGUUUGUCCCCCUGGUCCAACCGUCGGCUCUGUGAGCUCCCUAGGACCCCACUGCAGUUCCUCCAAGCAGACUCACUUGUGUCCGUCCUCCCAGCCCAUCCAUACAACCCGACCGGUCACGUCCCGGAGCUGUUCAUGCUCGGCUUGCCGGCUCCAGCCACCGCCACAAGUAUCGUUGGAGCGACUAAAAAAAAAAAAACGACGGGAAGUCAGACACCAACGGUUCGCCAACGCGAGCAAAGGCUCCGUCGACCAACCAUUCCGUGAGGAUUCUUCUGCCGUGGACGAAAAGAGGAGGAGUCUAUUCGCAAGCGAAAGGGGGAGAGCAGUCGGUCGAGUCCGCGAAGGCACAACUACUCAGUCGCUGUGGCACAACUCACUAGUUUCCCGGUGAAUGCUGAAACCGGUGGACUUUUACCACAACCGGAGCACAACGCGUUGCAGCGGGCGGAAGCUUUCUGGCAGCGGGAGGAGACGGUCCGCGACGGCUCGGUACACGGCUCCGGACUGAAAAUCGCGGGAACAUUGCGACGCGAAAAUACGGUUGUCGAAGGAUUCUGUGAUAAAUCAAUGACCAAGAAUCUCUCGGGUUGAAGAUUCAUCAAGCCUUCUGAUAGCAUCUGAUCUCUCCAUGUCCCUCCACAGGCAGCAAUGGAAGUUGUUGUAACCGAGGAAAAGAAGAAGAUUUUCCGUGCCAGGAAAACCAUGAAGAUCAGCGACCGGCAGCAACUGGAUAGUCUUCAUGGCACUUUGUUGACAGCCGGUCCGAGUAUGUCAGACACAUCGCCGCCGCCGCCUCUAGUGAACGGCACGCACAAAGAGGACGGCCCAAAAGCGGGGGACAGGGAGCAAAACAACACCUCGGACUCAAACUCCCCCCGAGCCACGUCCCCCGUCUCCCCUACUCCUUUCCUGUCCCUCAAUCUGUCUCCGUCCCCGGCCUCGUCGCAAAGUCCAAAAGAGAAGGACGAAACUCCGACUUCUCCCACGUCACCAUUCCACUCACUGAACUUUGAACUGAAAAAGAUGGACGACGAGGAGGAGGAGGUGGAGCCGAAGGAAAAGAAAGUCUCACCAGUGUCCUCAUCAAAGGAGUCCGUUACACCAGCAUCAACAGAAUUUAAGGAAAACCAGGAAAAAGACUCUGAGGUGACCCCAAAGAUGGAAAAGAAAGAGGAGGACCAGACUUCAACAGAGGACCCAGUUGUAGAUUUGUCAAAGAAUUCUGUCAAAGGUUUGUCUCCAUGUUCGCCCGUACCCGCGUCUGACUGCACAGAACCAAUGGAUACUGGUAGUGACACUGCAAAGGCCAAGGACCCCGCGGCCAAAAUAAAAGAGGAAAAGCCUUCUUGCCCCAAAUCUACCACUUCCGUUUCCUCUCUUCCUUGUCCUUCCUCGUCUCGUCCAGCGUCCUCUUCUAAGGAUCUGAAACAGGACAAGGAAGUCAAAGUGGGGGACAAUAAAGAAGAGAAGGGUGCGAAGAAAGGAUCAAUCAGUGAGGAAAAGAUGGAGGUAGACUCGACCAAAAAGGAAAAGGCUGAAGUUGGACAAACAAAAAAGACAUCUCGGCCCUCUUCCACUCCACCAUCUAAUACAGUAGUGCAGGAGGAGAAGGGCACCACGUCGGGACUGAAGCGCACUUUGUCGGAGGGCUUUGAAAAAGAUGGACAAACUGUAAAAAGAGAGGGGAAGAGGCCCAAGGUGGAGCGCCAGGAGCUGGAGGCAAAACUGGAAUUUAAAUUCACCGCAAAAGCCGGCGGCCACCACAAACUUGAAAAGAUUGUGCAACAGCUGGUCGAUGAACGGCUGAAGGUCCUGGAGCUGACCAUUUUUGACAAACAUUUCCAAGAGCUGAAGGAACGCGUGGACAAGAUCGACUCUGCCCCUAAACACCAAACCGCCAUCACCAUGCUCCAAGCCAAGAUAAACCGCCUGACAAAGAAGUUUGGAGAGGCCAAUCAGGCGUCGGAGAACAAAAGGAAACAGGAAGCCCUCGCUGCUGUCACAGCCGCGGCUGCAGCCGCCACCGCCGCCGCCGCCAAGACCGUAACCGUUACGAACAGCCCUCAAUUUCAACGGCCAGUCCGCACUUCCAUGGAGCUAAAGCAGAUUGCGACAAGCGCUUCUUCGUCCAGCACAGUCGUAAAUCCAUCCAUGUCGGUUCCGAUCUCAAGUCUGGCCCAUACGCCCACUUCCUCCGCCAUGGUUUCACAGGCCCCCAUCCUCCAGCUGAUCACCACCACGUCUAACGCCGGCUCCAACUUGGCCACGGGCAUCACCACUCAGAGCCCCACAGGCACGCUGCUGCUGAAGACCGCCAGCGGGAGCAGCUUGAUGGCGGGGGGCCAACCGCUCCUCAUCCAGCUGCCGUUAUCGAUGACCAAUGGCCAGGGAGGAACUCUGGUCAACUUCCCCGUCUCCUCGCUUUCGGCGGGCGGCUCGCUCGGCAAGGCCAAAACCACUACUACCACCACCACUUUUAUCCUUAAGCCUGCCCCGGCCAUUACCACCUCGCCAGCGUCUGCUGUCGCGACCGUCCCGGCGCUCCAGGCCUCCGCCGGCCACAUGUCCCCCACCCAGAUCUCCCUUACCCGUGCAGUGUUCCAGGGCGGAGCUGGGGGGAUAACUACACCCAACGCGGGGGUAUCCGUGACCACGGCCAGGAUGCCGGCUCAGUCCGUGUCUGUGGCGGGAGCGCUGUCGUCAGCCUCUUCACCGGCAACCUCUGGACCUGCAGCAACAGGUUCCGCCGCUCCAGGACCACCACAGGGGACGUCUCUGACAUCAAAGACAGACAACCAAGCUACAGGAUCCACUCCAUCCAAAGCAGCUGCUUCAGCGGGACGACCCAAAGGCUCUGUCAUCGAUCUCACUGAAGACGAUGAUGAUGUACAAGUGACGGGAGUGAAGAGUGCCACUGUCGCAGCUCACUCGCCGACCCAGCGACCGAGUCCAGUCAUCAGCAUUCCCAGCAGUGCGGCACUAAGGUCGUCUCCGCAAAGCAUUCAGAGCGUUUCCAGCAAUCCUCAGUUGACGGUCCACCACCGCCCCCUACAGGAUUCUUCUCUGAAACCCCGCCCCGUAGCCACGGCUACCCCGACCCGGAGCUCCAGCGUGGUGCUGCCUCCCCUCCCCGCUGUUCCCACGCUGUCGCGCAUCCCCCCUGAGGCCGAGCGGUCCUCGCCUCCACAGCAGCCUCAGCUGAAGCUUGUGCCGAGUCAGACGGGCAUAGUGCUGUCCUGGUGCGUCACGGAGACCGACCGCACCUGCGCGGCCGUGGACAGCUAUCACCUCUAUGCCUUCCAUCAAGACAACUCGAACACCAGCGCAGCACAGCAGCACUGGAAGAAGAUCGGGGAGGUGAACGCCCUCCCUCUGCCCAUGGCCUGUACACUGACCCAGUUCCAGUCCGGCUCCACGUAUCAUUUUGCUGUCCGAGCCAAAGACAUCUACGGGCGCUUUGGUUCCUUCUGCGAACCUCAGUGCACCAAUGUCAUCAAUUCCAGCUCCAGUUGAGCAGUUGAGGAGUGAAAGACAAUUUUUUUGCUUUUGAAAAUUCGUGACUUCCUUUACUUUUUUUGUGUUAGAAACUCGAGUAUUGUGCAUUGAACUCAUACAGUAUCUGUAAAUAUCUCUCUGCAUAACAACUGGACUUCUGACUGAGUUGGAGAAUGGAAGAGUGACAAAUGGUUGGUUUUGACUGGUUAAUGUACCUAUUGUAUUUUUUGUGACUCAAGCUGUUGUGUAUAUAGUUGGAUUACUUUGCCCCUCAACCAAGUCAGAUAUUUAUGUUGUCUCCUGUUACUCUGAACCGGAUGUCUUUGGCUUUACUUCAGGACAGCUGACGGGAGUAUCCAUAUGAACUCAGAGUGGCACAGAAAUGUAUAAACGUGUGGUAGAAACUGAAUGAUUUUCUAAGUUCUGUCUGGCAACCAGACUUUGAAAAACCCAAUAAAAAGGUUUUAUUAAAGUC